AAUUCCCGGCUGUUCCUGGAAUUCCCGGCUGUCCCUGGAAUGUCCCCGCAGGGGGCUGGACCAGUGGUGCUUCGAUGUUUUCUCGCUGCACCGCGCGGCCGAGGAGCACUCGCUGCGCACCGUGGUCUUCGAGCUCUUCACCCGCCACAACCUCAACAGCCGCUUCAAGAUUCCCGGCGCGUUCCUGACGUCGCUGCUGGAGGCGCUGGAAUCCGGCUACGGAAAGUUCCGGAACCCGUACCACAACCAGGUGCACGCGGCCGAUGUCACACAGACUGUGCACUGCUUCCUGCUGCGCACCGGCAUGCUGCAUUGCCUGUCCGAGAUCGAGCUCCUGGCCAUCGUCUUCGCCGCCGCCAUCCACGACUUCGAGCACACGGGGACAACCAACAGCUUCCACAUCCAGACCAAGUCGGACACCGCCAUCCUGUACAACGACCGCUCGGUGCUGGAGAACCACCACAUCAGCGCCGUGUUCCGCCUGAUGCAGGACGAGGAGCUCAACAUCUUCGUCAACCUCACCAAGGACGAGUUCGCGGAGCUGCGGGCUCUGGUCAUCGACAUGGUCCUGGCCACGGACAUGUCCUGCCACUUCCAGCAGGUCAAGUCCAUGAAGACGGCGCUGCAGCAGCUGGAGAGGUGGGCGGGGGUCGCGGUGGGGAGGAGUCAGGAGGGGACGGAUGGACGCGUCGUGGGUGGCUUUGGGGACAAUCCGUGUUUGUCCCCCAGGCUGGACAAGUCCAAGGUGCUGUCGCUGCUGCUGCACGCGGCCGACAUCAGCCACCCCACCAAGCAGUGGGCGGUUCACAGCCGCUGGACCAAGGCGCUCAUGGAGGAGUUCUUCCGGCAGGUAGGGCCGGGCCGGGCCGGGGGGGCUCGGGGGACACCCCUUGGGGACACCACGCCUGUCCCUUGCCUUGCCAGGGGGACAAGGAGGCCGAGCUGGGGCUGCCCUUCUCGCCCCUCUGCGACCGCACCUCCACGCUGGUGGCCCAGUCGCAGAUCGGUGAGUGCGGGGGGAGGUCCCCGUCCCCUGUGGCGCGUCCCCGCCGUGUCCCCGCCGUGUCGCCAGCCUCGCCGUGUCCCCUCCCGUCCCCAGGGUUCAUCGACUUCAUCGUGGAGCCCACGUUCUCGGUGCUCACCGACGUGGCCGAGAAGUUGGUGACGCCCCUGGCCGAGGACGGCUCCAAGGCCAAGGGCAACCCCGCGACCCCCCAGCAGCCCAGGUGGGGGGUCCCUGUCCCCGCGCUCCGAGCCCCGCGGUGGCCGCGGUGGCCCUGGCCCGCUGCCAGCUGUCGCCGCUGUCCCCCAGCUCGCAGUGGCGGCAGCCGUCCCUGGAUGAGCACCUGGAGCUGGGGGACAUCAAAGCCGACCUGGCCGGGUUCCGCUCCACCUGGACCAAGCACAUCCAGGAGAACAAGCAGAAGUGGAAGGAGAGGGCGGCCAGCGGCAUCACCAACCAGGCGUCCAUCGAUGAGCUGUCGCCGUGCGAGGAGCCCGCGGCCCCCGGCGCGCACAGGGAGAACGGGGACGUGGAAUAGCAGCGGGAGGAGCGAGGUGGGCGCGGGAGGGGUGGGGACACCGGGAAGGGAGGAGGGGACGCGGAUGUCACCGUCCCCUCCCUCCCCGCAGGUCCGGCAGAGUGACAGCGUCUCGUCCAAAGUCUUCGAUGCCAUCGAGUUCAGCACCAUCCGCAGGGCUGGAGCCCCCCGGGGCCGGGCUGGGAUCGGUGCCACCCCCUCCCCGUGCCAGGAUCGGUGUCACCUCUGUGCCAGGAGCCCCCCCGGGAUGUCCCCGCUGUCGCCGGUCCCUCACUGCCACCCCCGGCCCCCCCGCCGGGCUCCGUCCUUCGGGAUUUUUAUAAAACGCUUUUCCAGCCCCGCUCGGGAGGGGCCGGGCCGGGGCUGGUGGCGCUGGGGACAGCCCGGAGGGACCCGCGGUCACCGCCAGGGCCACCGCCAACCCCUCUGCGCCCGCCGAGCCUGGCUGGUGACACCGGGAGGGUGACCCUGGGACCUGUCCCCAACCCGGGACAGCGACAGGGAGGGGACAGGGA